UUUGUGAGUUUUAUUACCGUAUAAAAUUAUGAAGAUUAGGCCCUGUUUGACCUAUAAAUAAUGGAUGUUUUAUGAACCAAGUGGGCCUUAGGUAUUGUUUGCUGGGAAGGAUAUGCUAGUAGAGCUCUUGCUAAAAUGCCUUUUGAAGAGAAAGAUUCAAAUGGUGCUCUUACUGGUCUUAGUGUAUUCGAGCUUGAGGCCUUGCAAGAUUGGGAAUAUAAGUUCAUGAGCAACAAGUAUGCGAAGGUUGGAACCAUCAAGAAACCAGAAGGUGGAGCUGAGCAGCCAGACAAGUCAACGGCAGCUGAACCUGCUGAGACAAUAGCAGCCGACCCAGCUGGCCAUGUUCCAUCAGAAGUUUCAGCCAGUGCAGCCAAAGAGGAAAACGUAGGUGAACCCAACAAAGAUGAGCAAUUUUUCUUGUGAUCCCCUUGUGAAGGUGUAGGAUUUGGGUGUCCAUAAUUAUGACUUCUUGUCAUGUGGCGGAGUUAUACUUGGAUCAUUUGGCAUAAGAUGGCAUUACAUUGUUGAAUACUUUUUUGGUUUAUCUCUUUGAAAUGUAGAUCUCGAGUACUCUUUAAUCAUAAGAAAUGUUUACCUUUUCAAUCAAA